AUGGAGCAAAUUCUGGCGGACGAGGCGCGGGGGGAUGUGCUUGUGAUCGACGGCCGGCAGGUGGCGGGCGGCGGCGACGUGGCGGCUCUGUGGAGCGCGUGCGAGGAGAGGGUGGCCGUUAGGGGCGCGCGCAGCGUGGAGUGGAGGGCAGAGGGCGUGCUGCGCAAGAAGCUCACCACACCGCAUGCCAUCUCGCAGGUGCUGCCCUCAUUCCAUUGCUCUCACGCCAUUGCUCCCAAUGCCUGCUUAGCAUCAUUGCGACCCAUCACCACAUCUCACUCCAUCCUCCUACCUUCCCCUAACCUCCCACGCAUACCAGCUCGCUUCCCGCUCCCCCCUCUCCCCACCCUUCCUCCUCACCACCCAUCCGUGCCUGUGCCCUCUCCGGCCAUGAGUGCAGGCAGCAUGGGUGCGAAUGCACGGGGAGGCGGCGCUCUCAUCACUCGCGCUGCUGCACGCGCAUGGCCUCACACUCGCCGCCACCAAUGGUCAGUCCCUCCUGCUCCCUCCUGCUCCCUCCACGGCGAGCUGCAAGGGGUCAAGCCGAUGAGCAAACGAUGGGGUGCUGGUGGUGACAUGCACGAGAUGCCGCUGCCCUUCGCCUGCUCGCGCCUCUGGCCCCUCCCCAUCGGCCUGCUGCUGCAGCCCCUGCCGUCCCAGCCGUCUCUGCAUUCCCUGCCCACACAAACACACGCCUUCCCCCCAUCUACACCUCUCCCCAUGCACCCCCUCUCCCCUUUCGCCUCCGCACCUUUUCCGGCCUCCCCUCCAUUCGCCUUCCCCAUCCCCACUGCCACUGCUCCCUUCCCCUCGCCCGCCUCCCCCAUUCCGUUCCCGGCUCUCUCCCCCCACACGUCUGCCAUCACCCCCUCCCUACCUGCUCCUGCCACUGCCGCCACCGCCGGUGCUGGUGGGGCAGCUGGCGGGCAGGCAGGGCGGGCAGCGGGUGGCGCGAUGGGUGCUGUUGACUGGGCGGAUGGGGCAGUGGGUGGGGCGCACAUGGGGGGUGCUUUCAUGGAGGCAGGGUGCUUCACGCUCUCACAUGCUCAUGAGGAACUGCAGCCAGUGGCCAUGGAGGUCGGGCCACCGUGGCAGCAGGGAGGGGGCGAGGAGGUGCUGUGGUCAUCCACCGAGGUGCCGCUGCUCGCCACCUUCAACCACGCAACCUGUCUUUCACUGGCAACUUCAUGUGCGUCCACACCAUCAUGUGCGGCCACACCAUCAUGUGCGUCCACACCAUCAUGUGCGUCCACACCAUCAUGUGCGUCCACACCAUCAUGUGCGUCCACACCAUCAUGUGCGUCCACACCAUCAUGUGCGUCCACACCAUCAUGUGCGUCCACACCAUCAUGUGCGUCCACACCAUCAUGUGCGUCCACACCAUCAUGUGCGUCCACACCAUCAUUUGCGUCCACACCAUCAUGUGCGGCCACACCAUCAUUUGCGUCCACACCAUCAUGUGCGGCCACACCACACCAUCAUGUUCACUCCAACCAUUGCUUCACUUCCCACCGUCCAUCCUCUCACCACUCUUAUGCACACUCCAUGCUCAAGUGGCCCAUCUACUCUCCGCCUUCCCCCUUUGCGCACACCACAACCCUUCCCCCCUCAGCCCGCCGCCAGCACUCCGUGUGGCACCUGCGCUACCUCCCGCACCGCUUCCUGCACCAAUCACCUGACGCCACGUCAGCAGCAGAGCUGGACCCGCUACUUGCCGGGCUGAGCCCCGUGUCUCCUGCAACAGCUGCAGCUGCUGGGAGGGCGGGGGGCCAGGAGAGCAUGUCGGCAGGGAGAGGGGGCGGUGGGGGUGGGGGGGAUGCAGGCAUGGUGGGCGAUCUGAGGCUGCAGGCGGGGCGAGGGGAUGUGGGGGGGAGUGUGGGCAGUGGGGACAGGCGGGGGCGAGGAGGGGGAAGAGGAGGCGCGGCAGGCGUGGCAGCAGCGGCUAAGCUGAGUCGCUUCGCGGGGGGUGGGGGGGAUGGGGGCCCUGGUGGAGGGGUGGGGGGGAGAGCAGCAGGUGGGCAGGCUGGGAGUGGUCGGGGGAGCAUGGAGGGGCAGGCGGUGGGGGGAGGGGCGGGUGGGAGGGAUGUGGGUGGUGGGGAGGCAAGGGGGGGAGGCGAGAGGUGGGAUGCGGAGGGAGAGGGCGAAGGGUGGUGUGUGCGCAUGACACGUGUGUGGACGGGGCUUAUAGGCCAGGACAAGGCCUCCCACGUCCUGCUGCUCUCCCACACCCCCCUCCCCUCCUCUCCCCCCGGCCCCCCUGUCCCCUGCCCCCACCGCACAUCCCUCCCUGCCGCCGUCGCGCCUCUCCUCAGUCCCUCGCCCCCCCGUGGCUCCGCCACUCUUGCCUUCUGCUCGCCAGCCCGCCAGCGCUUGUGGGUGCGACACGUGGCGUAUGGGGGGGCAGGGAACGGUCCGGGCAAAGGGGAGGCGGAGGAGGAGGAGAGCAGGGCCGAUGGGGAAGGGGGGAGUGGGGGAGGCGGGAAUGAGGGCAGCGGGAGGGUGGUGCACAUGGAGGGGCGGCGCUGCUGGUCGGUGGAGGCUGUCUCCGCUGUGGCUCUGAGCCACACAGCUCCCGUCACCCCUCUGCACCGCAUCAAUCGCUUUCUCCUGGUUGCGGACUGGCAUGGCUCGCUCACGCUGAUGGUGGGUCAUCACAGCCACCUUGCUUCCACUGCCUUGUACCACACACGCACCACUCAAUGUAUCCCUGGAGCACCUCACAGGCACCUCACAGGCACCUGA